AUGCAUCUGCCGCGCUGGGUUUUCGCGGCGAUCCAGCUGGUGACAUUAGCGUCUGGCCAGACGUGUUACUGGCCCAGCGGCGGGACGGCAUCGGCGCUGCAGCCGUGCUCCGUGGCAUCAGGUAAUGAAGUUGCUGCCUGUUGCUUUGCGAACCAUUAUUGCAUGACCAAUGGCUUGUGUCUUUCGCCAACCGAAGGGACCUGGUACCGCGGCGGAUGUACGGACAAGGACUACCUGAAGCCCGGGUGCCCGCAAAUCUGUGACAAGGAUAACAUCGUCGGGGCGACACCCGGCCGCCACGCCGCUGUAUGGGCAUGCGCCUCAAGGGUGUUUGCCUGUAGCAGCCUGGAUAAUUGCUCGAAGCAGAACUUUACCGUUGGCGCGUACAGAGCGGUGAUGAACUCGGCCCUCCAAACGGACCUCGGAAACGACACGGCAUCGGCAACGACCACGGCUGCUUCUACUGGCGCGACAUCGACAGGGACCGGAGGCACAGGAGCUGCCAGCACGGGUACUGGAGACGCUAGCGCCACGACGUGUCCAUCCAUUGCGGACGCCAGCCAAGGAAUCUCAACGGGAGCGGCGGCGGGUAUCGGAGUUGGCGUGGGCCUGCCACUUGCCAUUGCGACUGGAGCGCUCGCUUUCAUGCUCUUGCGUGAAAGGAAGAAGACGAGAGCAGCACUUGCAAGCUACCAGAUGCAACCUGGACAUAACCAGCAGCACUACACGAGUCCAUCGUCGCCGUGGGGAAAGCCUGGAGGACACUAUGUGCCCGUUGCUGAGGUUCACGGGCAGCAGAUGCCUACCGAGUUACCGGAGAACGGCACACAAAACCGGCACGAACUUGCUCAUUGA